CGACAGUAAGGGAAGGUAAGUAAGGUAGGCACGCGUAUGCGUAUGUUGGUGGGAAAUUAGCCAUGGGCAACGCUUUCGAAAAGAUGCAACGGACUUGACCUUGUCACUUUUUUUCUCGUCUUUCUUUGUCGUUGACCUUUUACUUUUCUCCCUUCUUACACCAUCCAUCUCGUAUCCGCACCGCGGAGAAAUGCCCUUCCCACCAUGGCGGCUCGCAACAGCCACCCACCCAGCAGGAGCACGACGGAGCCCAGGAGAAGCCCCUUUGACGACGGGCCUCUCCCGCCCAUCAAAUCGACCGCGUGCCGCCGAUGCCAUUCGCGGAAAGUAAAGUGUUCCGGCGACCAGCCCUGCCAGAAUUGUCGGCACGCCGGGAAAGGUGCCGAGUGCACUUACCCGCGCCGCAAUCGACAGGUCAAGGUCAGACAAAGUUAUAUUGACGGUCUUCUGGAUGAGAUCCGCCGCCUCAAGAGCCAGGUUGCUUCCCAGAGCGCCUCAGCCUCCACAUGUACGGCGCUGGAUGACGUGAUAUCAACGACGACGUCGACAGCAACGCUGUCUCAGAACACCAGCUACACUGGCAACAGAGAGAUCCUAUCAACGCCAACGUCCGCAAACCUAGGCGACAAUGAAGAGCCCUCCACAGUCGCGGCGGCGGCGGAGGAUGCAGUAGCAGCAGCAACCGGAGUCACAGCUCCAGCAACGGCUACCCUCGAAGUCCGACCGUGGUUCAUCAACGCCAACGUCUUCCGCACCCCGAUCCUCAUCGGCGAGGUCGCCGACGCCGCCUUCUCCACCCGCUUCCGCCAGGUCAUCUCGGACCCCUACGCGCCGCAACCCCGCCACAUGCUCCGCGUCAACUACGCCCCCGACGCCGAGCUCAUGGCCCUCGUCAAAUCCUCCGACGUCGCCUGGCCCACGCCCUCGCGCUCGCGCUUCCUCGUCGAGGUGGCCUUUAAGUACGUCGCCCGCCGGUACCACGUCGUCCGCCGCAGCGCCGUCAUGCGCGACCUCGAGCAGAGCAUCCACAACCCCUCCUGGGGUGACCUCAUGCUUCGCUCCAAGCUGUGGGCUCUCUUCGCCAUCGGUGAGCUCUACUCGACGAGGUCCAUCCCCUCGGAGAAGGAUUUCCCCGGCAUGCCGUAUUUUGCAAAAGCCUCGCGCGUGCUGGGCGUGCUCGACGAGCGGCCGGGCACGGACUCGAUCGAGAUCAUGCUGCUUCUUUCGUUCUACUCGUUGGCCCUGAACCGCCGUUACAGCGCGUUUGUCAUGUCCGGCACGGCGAUGCGCAUGGCCAUCGUCAUGGGCCUGCACCUCAACAUCCCCGAGUCCCAGCUGCGCGACCCGGACCUGCGCGAGCACCGCAAGCGCCUGUUUUGGACGACGUACAUCUUUGACCGCAUCUGGGCCUCCAAGCUCGGUCACCCGACCGCCAUCCAGGACAGCGAUGUUGGCGUCGACCUGCCUUCUGAGGCGGAGAAUGAUGGGGUGGCAGUGGUGCGGACUCACGCGACCGACUUUGAGGAUACCGCGUACCACGUGGCGAGCCUGCGGCUGGCGGCCCUCAUCACCAAGACGGUCCGCUCUAUCUACGGCCAGCGCAGCCAGGGCGAGGCGACGACUCUGUCGACGAGAGUCCAGCAAGCGCUCAAGGACCUCAGGGCCUGGGUGGAGGACUUGCCUGCCCAUUUACAGAUUGAUAAUGCGGGGACUGGGCCGAAGCCUAUUUCGCUGCACUUGUCUUUUAACCAGUGCGCAAUCCUAGCAACACGCCCAAUUCUUCUCCACAUCCUACGAACAAAAGUUGCCUCGUGGCCAUCCGCAACCACGACCACAGAGACUCAGCAAGUCCCCGCGAGCGCAAUCACGCUAUCGGAAGCCUGCAUCCGCUGUGCGCGCCACUCGAUUCGUUUGCUGACUGAAUCGUGGAUUGACGGAUCCUUUGCGACGUUUGACUAUUUUUACACGCAGUAUCUUUUUUCUGCGCUGACGAUCCUCGCCGCCUCGAGUCUUCUCCAGGACAGUGCGUCAGGGGCGGGUACAACGCCCAAUGACGAUAAGGAGGCCUUUGAGGAAUCGGUCAGGUUUCUCUCGCAGCUGCGCGACGCGGGGAAUUUCGCUGCAAUGGAGUACUGUCACCACGUCGACGUGAUGAGGGCUGAGCUUGAUAGGUUCUAUGCGAAGCGUAUGGGGAGGAUGGACGCUGAGCAGACGCAGACGCAGACGCAGGUUUCCUCUUCAUCUUCCUAUGGUGAGGUACUACCACCGCCGCACGGACCCGGGCCCGAACCCGAAUCCGGCCCACUGAUGUCGUCGCAAUUCGGUGCAGGUGGGCUUCCAGUCCGGCCGGGGACGGGGCCCACGACGGCGGGAAUGGCGCUGACGGAGCCGUCGCUGGAGGAGCUCCUUGCGCAACCGGUGUUGGAUCUGCAGUUUCUGGAGGCUUCGUUUUAUGAUGACUUGCAGGCGUUGUAUUGGCCUGAUUUUAGCGCGGAGAAUUGGGAUACGUGGGCUUCUACCUGAAGGUCUUGCUGUUGUUGAUAAGAAAAGAGGUGUGGGGGUGAGAGUUGAGAUCUCAGGACUGCCCUGUUCAAGGAUGGACGGAUGCAAAUAAUUCCGUGCCCAUUUAUGUACACAGUCAAUCGAAAUCGAAAAGAAUAUGAUUCAAAAACCAAGCAACAGAUGAGAUCCCGUCGACUUUGUCUUAUUUGCGGGAUCGUUUUCUUCCGGGG